AGGGCAAGCUGUCUGGGGCCAAAAAGAGCAAGCCCGCCCACCGCAAGUCACCCGCCAAGCCGAGGCCCAAAUCAGUGAAAGCCAGCCACAAGAUCAAGCAGUUUCCGACCUCUACGAUCUACUGGGAACCCACACCCGGUGACGGUCAGUACAGUCAGUUCGUCAAGACUCAUACAUACGAUCCUCGAGUCGUUGAGCCUAAGCCUGCAAAAGUCUGGUGGACCGCCCGUCCUGGCGACGGUGCCUACAAGCCAGCGCCUGUUCCGGUCAAGCACAGUCUGUCGAAGAUGGCUGCUCUGCCGGCGGCGUCUCACUCCCCCCUGACGCAACAUCAAGUCAGUAAAGCCGCGCAGCAUACCUUCAGUGCCAAGAAAGCGACUACAUCGCCCGAGCCACCGCGUAAAAGCUCCGCUUCCAAGGCUGCGUCGGUCGCAACAAAGUCUUUAGACAUGCAUCAUAGCGCUUCAAGCGCUUCACGUCACGCCACAUCACCCCCUCAUGUCGCGAGCCAGGCCAGCAUUACUCUUCGCAGCGAUGGCAGACCUCGUAUCUCUACUAUAUCGCACCAGGUGUCAAAAUCUCUGCCCUCCGGAGGACUUGCCACGAGAGCGACGGGCCCAUCUGUGAGCUCUAGGACAUCGGCCCAGCCAGCGCGACCCGUCUGCAGCGUCAAUUGUACGCCCUCGCAUACAGCCACGUCUUAUAGCGCACUGUCAAAUGCGAAAUCCAAAGCGUCUGCACAGACUAGUGUUCGCCCAGCCCUGAGCGGACCGCCCGAGGCUGUUCGGCAGACUCAUCAUCCACUUACUAUACAUGACAGUGCGUCGUCCGCCCGAUUCGGGCCCGCCGGGCAAUUGCAGGCGCAAUCUCAUACACACAGCUCGUCGGCAGCUACUAGCGGCGCCAGUGUGAGCAGAAGUGAGACGAUUCCUAAGCAUAAGAACGAAGCAGCAUCUGCCUCGUCGCGGCCUGCUUCCCAGCUUACUAUUCAUCCGUCAGCCUUACAAGACAGCUCGAUAUCUCUGCGCACCGGUCACCCACCAAUCGCGUCGGCAGGAUCAGCAAUCGCGAGUGGUGCCACCAAUGCAAGCGCGACUCGAGCGUCGUCUUUGAUCACAUCAGUCACAGGCUCGCAAGGUCUGAGGUCGUCUCAGACUGCACGCAGAUCGGAUAUGUCCUCCGCUGACUCUCAGACGAACAUUGUGCAGACUUCGGCUCAAGGCGCGGUCAGAGCCAUGCGACUACGACAACAUUCAGCAGAGACAUGCAAUCGUUGCCAGGCGCAAGCGGUCCUUCGUCGGAUGCAUCCGCCGGUGCCCUGCCCUCUGAGCCAUCCGGCUCCAAUAGCCGUUCCAACAGUACGAUAGGCUUGAUCUCUAUCAGCACGAUGUCGCAAGGAGGCUUGUCGGAGGCUACCGUAACGCGCCCGAGCGGUGGCUCACACGAGCGCCAUGUUUCCACACGAAUGACAGUACCUAUGCCAUCGCCCAGCGGCCCGGAGCCUGCAAAGCAGUCUUCGCUGGCUGUCAAGUAUACGUGGGCCUUCAGCAGCGGUAGCAGCCCUACAAGUACAGCGACACCGACUGAAGGACGCGAACACGGCGGAUUGUCGCCGAGCAUCGUCAGCUUCAGUAGAUCAGAUAUAUCAUUGGCGACCUCGCGCACAUCUGACGCCGUACUGUUCACAAUGCUGUCGUCGAUGAUCGACGGCUCAGAUAGACCAGACAUCGCUGGCAGUACGCCAGCG